AUGGUGUCAAAAACGAACCUUCUUCUUUUUUCGACUACAGUGCUCUCUUGGAUUACAGUAGUAACAUCCGUUGACUGCAGCAAAGCUCCAAGUGAAGCGUUACGUACCGUGUGUCAGCAGCUGCAACGAUGGGAUGAUGGGGCAAGGAAAACGCCAGCACCGACGUCGGUGAAACCGCCCUCAAUUGGCGGGAAAAUUCAGCUUGCCGCCGAUUUUGCGCCGAUAGCCAGUAACAUGUACCAAUGCAUGGAUAUCGCUUGUUUAUGCGUGUUUUUCAGAGGUACCGGCGGUAAUUCCUGCACAGUACAAGGUCGUGCUCUACGGAAAGCGUUGCGCAAGGAGUAUCGACAGUUGAGCGACGAUGAACGCAACCGGGUCAAUGCUGCUUUCAGAGCCAUCAAAAACAGUGGCGAAUACGACCGACUAGCCACAAUCCACGCGCAGUUCGCGAGCAGCGGUGGUGCUCAUUCGGGACCAGCGUUUCUACCAUGGCACAGAGAGUACAUGAAAAGGGUCGAAAUAGCCCUGCGUCAAGUGGACCCCGAACUAGCGCUGCCGUAUUGGGACUCUACUCUGGACGAGAACAUGCCGAAUUCGAAAGAUUCAGUUAUUUGGACGAAUGAAUUUAUGGGAGAAACGGCAGGCGGAAGCGUAUCAGGUGGACCAUUCAGAAACUGGAGAACGUUGGAGGGUCGUCCGGAAAUUCGACGUGAUGUUGGUGGGAAAGGGAAAUGUUUCUCGGAGGAUGAGAUUCAGUUUCUGAUGGGUCAAACAGACAUCAGUCAAGUACUCUCCUUUACGUCACCUAAACAGACAUGCCCGUUUCAACCAAACUUCAAUGUUAUUGAAUACACUCAUGGAAAUCCACAUAUCUACGUUGGUGGUGAAAUGUACGAUCAAGCAACUGCUGGGAACGAUCCUAUCUUCUACAUGCAUCAUUCGUUCGUCGACUAUAUCUGGGAAAUGUGGAGGCAGAAUAAACAGUCUCGAGCGGAUCGUGAACGUGCAUGGCCUGUGGAUAAUGAGCAAUGCUCUAGUCAACAUCACUUCAGUAACGCUUUCAUGCGUCCAUUUCCACCAAUGAGAAAUGCGGAUGGAUUGUCGAAUAUGUAUACAGACAACAUGUACUCGUACUCGCCAAGGCCUAGCUGUUCGAUGGGGAAUGACUGUGGAUCGAAAUAUUUGUAUUGCGAUCGAUCACAUGGUCAGCCGAGAUGUGCUUCAAAAAUCAGGCCAGGGGGCAGCUGCGCAGGACUUACUAACGGGGAAAAUGCGUGUUACAACGGGAAAUGUGUAGGUGAACGUUGUGUCGCCGGGGACAAUCAAGCCACACCUCCACCACCAAUCACUCCCUCGAAGCCGGUGGUAGUCAUUCAGCAAACAUGCUUCAAUGAACAUGAAUGCUGUUCAUACUGGGCGAGUAUCGGAGAAUGUCCAAAGAACUAUAUCUACAUGAGCGGAUGGUGCAAAGCCUCAUGUAAAGUAUGCCAGCCAAAUUAUGACUUGAAUAAUGAGUGCUUAGAUCGUCACGCUAACUGUGCCACUUGGGCGAGAAGCGGCGAAUGCAACAAAAAUCCGCUCUGGAUGUCAGAAAACUGCCGAAGUGCCUGUGGCAAAUGCGGGAUAGCCAGAUCUGUGAUUUGUGCUGGGGGAGGCGGAGGGAAUCAGGGGAUACAAGUGCAAACUACUCAAGCACCUACACAACGUCCACUUCAAAAUAUGGGUGGUCCACAAUCGAACUGCAACUCUCCCAUGUGCUACAACGAGAAUCAGUGUUGUCCGUAUUGGGCUUUUCUGGGUAACUGUAGAACAAAUCCUGGAUUCAUGCUUUGUCAGUGCCGCGUCAGUUGUCAGCAGUGCCAACCGAACUACCGCUAUGGAGAUUGCGCUGAUUAUCACAACGAUUGCUACAAAUGGUCUCGAUUAGGUGAAUGUUUUAAGAACAAAUGGAUGUUGGAGAAUUGCCGUAGAUCGUGUAAUUCCUGUGUGAGCAAUGACAUUUUGCGCCAACGUUGUCCUCAAAGAGUCGCUCGUACAGCCCACUUAAUGUUGAUUGGAAUGUGA